AUGGAUCAAUUAAGCAAACAAUUAGCAGAAGACAUUUUUCUCCGUGAGCCUGUCGAUGCUCGCAUACGGAAACCGAAGGAAAAACCUCAAGAAGAUGAUUCCCAUCCAACUCUUAAAGUGGAAAUGCAAACUAUUCGGCUUAGUUCCGAUUCGCAAAAGAUCGUUUUAGAUACUUUAAAAUAUAUUCAUGGGCCUGAUUUUAAGUUGGGAAGUGCUAGCAAUUAUAAGGACAAAGGUUCUAAUCUGGGAAACAAAUAUUGGAUGGAAAGGGGUAAUUUGGUUGUUCAAGGAGGUUUUGAUUAUUCACUGACUACCAAAGGUGAUGUGAAAUCACCUGAAACUAGAUUGAGAGAGUUUGCUUUAGCUAAAUUGGAAAGGUACAAUUUUCAUAAAGUGCACUGUUCUGAAGCUCUACACCUGGCUAAGGAAAAUACUGACAAAGCUUUAGAGAUUCUCUCUGAGAAAUAUUUCAGUUUACAAUUGCAAAAUAAACCUGAAAAUGUACCUUCUGUAACAGAACUACAGGAAAUGAAAAAUGACGAAGUUGCUGUAUUAGAGUCUAUCUACGAUAGCAUAUUUAGGAUAAAAGAUACAAAUACAUGGAGUGUGAAGAUAAAUAUGGAUUAUCUUACAAAGAUGUAUGAGAAAACUAGUGUCAUUGUACCUCAAAAGAAAGAAAACACAAAUUUUAAGACAAAAAAGAAAGAAGUGUGUAAACUAUACCUCGGUGGAUCUUGUAGGUUUGGUGCAAAAUGUAGAUUUUUGCACGAAGCCAAAGUAGAAAAUGUUAUUAUUGAAGAGAAAAAAGAAAAAAUAAAUUAUGAGCUUGAAAUACGGUUCCCAAAAGAUAGUGUCUAUCCCUAUGAACCACCAUUAAUAUUUUUCAAACUUGAAACUAGGAGUAAGCUAAUACCAGAACGCACAUGUCUUUUAAUAACUACGAGGUUAUAUGAAGAAGCACAAACAUACGCAAGGGAUGGAAUUCCAUGUAUAUAUUCUUUAGUAGAGUUAUUAAAUAAUGAAGACGAUAUACUCAAUUAUAUAAAGUUUUCUACUAAAGAAUUUCUUAGUCCUACAAAUUCUCUGCUACCACAGAUUGUAAAUAACGAAGACAGUGAUAGGCAAAAACCGUCACAUUAUAUUUUAAGUAAAGAAAGAGAUAAUAGACCAAGUGUAAAUUUUGAUAACAUUAUGAGUGAGAAUAGAGAAAUAGCGAAAAGGUUUUCAGAGAAGCCUGAAAAUAAUAGAUAUAAUAAAAUGAUGACUUCUCGAAGAGGUUUGCCGGCUUGGCAGAAGAAAACCAGCAUACUGGAUGCUAUGAAAAAAUCACAGGUAAUAGUUAUUAGUGGAGAAACAGGUUGUGGCAAAAGUACUCAAGUUCCACAGUAUAUAUUAGAUGAAUGGUUAGAAAAUUUCAAAGAGGAUCCAAGACACGUUGAAAUAGUCUGUACCCAGCCGAGACGGAUAUCGGCUAUUGGUGUCGCCGAUAGAGUGGCUGAAGAGAGGGUGGAAAAGACGGGUCAGGUUAUUGGUUAUCAGAUAAGAUUGGAAAACAAGAUGUCAUCGAAAACACGGCUUUCCUUCUGCACAACUGGUAUUUUAUUAAGGAGACUGGAGUAUGAUCCUCAAUUAACGUCAGUCACUCACAUUAUUGUGGAUGAAGUGCACGAGAGAUCGGAAGAAAGUGAUUUUCUGCUACUCAUUCUGAGAGACCUUAUCAAAGUCAGAAAGGAUUUGAGGGUAGUUUUGAUGAGUGCAACGCUGAAUGCAGAUUUGUUCUCGGAUUACUUUGACAAUGUUCCAGUUCUAGAAAUACCUGGCAGGACGUUUCCAGUAGAACAGGUCUUUUUGGAAGAAAUUAUGGAUCUAACUAAUUAUGUCCUAGAAGAAAAUGGACUGUAUGCGCGCAAAAUUAAAAAAGAUAAGAAAAUCGAUUUCGAAACGGAAAUUGAGACUUCGGAUGUACGUUCGGAAGCGUCCGAGGCGCCUAAAUUGACGAUACGCGACGAAAAUCUCUCAAUAUCCCAAGUACUAGCCAGAUAUCCGAAGUGCAGUAAAGUGACUUGUAAAAAUAUGUACUUGAUGGAUGUCGAAAAGAUAAACCUAGAAUUAAUAGAGCACGUCCUAACUUACAUUGUAUCUGGUGACCACAAAUGGCCAAAAGAGGGCGCUGUUCUGGUAUUUCUGCCUGGCAUCGGUGAAAUUAUGUCACUUUACGACCAACUGGUGGAAAGUCACACUUUUAGUCCAAAAACUGGUAAAUAUAAGUUGAUCCCGUUGCAUUCAACAUUGUCAAGCGAAGAACAAGCGUCCGUCUUCAAACACCCAGGAGAAGGAGUUCGUAAGAUUGUUCUGUCUACUAAUAUCGCAGAGACGUCUGUUACUAUAGAUGACUGUGUGUUCGUCAUUGAUGCUGGCAGGAUGAAGGAAAAGAGGUUCGAUUCCAACCGUAACAUGGAGUCGUUAGAUCUAGUGUGGGUUUCUCGAGCCAACGCGAAACAGCGACGUGGUAGAGCGGGACGGGUGAUGCCCGGGGUCUGCAUACACUUGUUCACAUCACAUAGAUACCAGCACCACCUCGCUGAGCAACCGGUGCCGGAAAUUCAUAGGGUGCCUUUAGAACAAUUGCUUUUAAAGCUCAAGAUAUUGCCACUGUUUCAAAAUAUGAGUGUACAUGAAGUUUUAGCGAAAACAAUAGAACCACCUGAGAAAUUCAAUAUAGACGGCGCGUUAUCCCGACUACAAGACGUAGGAGCUCUUGACAAGAGUUAUCAGUUGACGGCGUUAGGACGACAUCUCGCCUCGCUCCCAGUAGACGUUAGGAUAGGGAAACUCAUGCUCUUCGGGGCUAUCUUCUGUUGUGUAGACUCUGCGUUGACUAUGGCUGCGUUCUUGAGUCAUAAAAGUCCGUUUGUGGCUCCCUUUGGAAAAAAGACGGAAGCAGACGCCAAAAGACGUGAAUUCGCUUGUGCUAAUAGCGAUCAACUGACUACACUCAGGGCGUAUAAGAAGUGGCAAGAAGCAAUGAAAUCCAGUACAUACGCCGGCUUAGUGUUUGCCAAUGAGAAUUUCCUAUCUCACAAAACGUUGCUGAUGCUUGCCGAUAUUAAACAUCAAUUGCUGGGUUUAUUGGCUUCCAUCGGCUUUGUACCGAACAUGCCAGCGCUGAGAAAAAAAAUGUGGCGAGAUUCUGUGGCCAAAUUGACUGGUGACGAGCUCAAUUCGAAUGGAAACAACGAUAAGCUGUUGGCAACAAUAUUGUGUGCUGCCUUGUAUCCUAAUGUUGUUAAGGUGUUAACUCCAGAGAAAUCAUUUCACAUGCAAGCUGGUGGCGCAAUACCUCGUCAAGCUACAUCUGACGAACUGAGGUUCAAGACUAAAUCUGACGGAUACGUGUCUUUGCAUCCAUCAUCUGUGAACUUUACAAUCGGAUAUUACUCUAGCCCGUACCUAGUGUACCAGGAAAAGGUCAAGACGACAAAAGUGUUCAUUCGAGAAUGUUCUAUGGUGCCUCAAUUGCCGCUAAUACUGUUUUCAGGGUGCAGUUUGGCGGUUGAAUUACAUAACGGUACAUUCAUAGUAUCGUUAGAAGAUGGUUGGAUUAUGUUUCAAGUUGAGAAUCACGAGGUUGCUGAAAUGUUGAAAGCUAUAAGGAUCGAGCUAGUUAACCUUUUAGAAGAGAAAAUCAAUGACCCGUCUUUAAAUUUAUUGCAUUAUGAGAAAGGAAAUAAAAUUAUUAAAACGAUAGUUCAAAUUGUCACUAAGGAUUAA